CCUGGGAAUUCAUGAGUGGAGAGCUCUUUCCAUAGAUCGAAAAGCAUUUCCAGUGCUUUCACGUCAAGGAUCAUAGUUGUUUAGCUCCUCGUCCCCCCCAGAAUCAAGGAUUAUCGCAGCGUUUCUUCUUCUAAAUUGCAGCACUUUUGUCCUGAAACGCGAGGAACCGAUCGUCUAGCUCUAGUUGUAAUACAUGGGGCUUAUCGAGCUGCGAGUACCGAUGCACUCUGACCGCUGCGAGCGAUUGGUGAAGCGAGCGCUCUUCAUGCCGGGGAUCGACAGCAUCGACAUCGAUCGGCAGCUUCAGAAGGUGACGAUCACGGGCACUGCAGACCCCAAGCGCAUCAUCAAGCGGCUGCGCAGGGCGGGCAAGCCCGUGGAGCUUUGGCCGGCCCAUCUCUACGAUCCCAAGGUCGCCAUCUACACGCCAAUGGCGACGCUGUACGAGGAGCAGCUCUAUGAUCAUGACUAUGGAUACGAGCAGCGCUUUCGCCCGCCCGUACGCGACGACAGCAUCACCACAAUGUUUAGCGCAGAGAACCCCAAUUCCGCGUGCUCGAUCAUGUAAAGUUUUUGAGCUCGAUCAUGUAAAGUUUUGGUCGGUCAUGUAAGUUUUGAAAUCCAAGGGGAAAGAUCCUGGUUGCAAGCACGCUUGCAUGUCGAAUUUUCAAGAUUCCACGA